AUGGCGACGGUGAAGGUAAAGUGGGGCAGGGAGCUCCUCGAGCUCGCGGUCAGCCUGCAGAGCACGGUGGGGGAAUUCAAGGCGGAGCUGCAGCGGGUGACACAUGUCCCCGUGGGGCGGCAAAAACUCAUGGGCGUCAAGGCGAACGCGUCCAACGACGGGGCCACGCUGUCCGAAGUCGGUGUGAGCGACGGGAAAACGCUGAUGCUUCUCGGAACCGCGGCGGAGCCACCAAAAACCGACGUCCCCCCUCCACCCGCGGCAGACACGGCCCCCCACCCCGUAGCCACAAUGCCUGCAGGGUUGAAAAACAUUGCGAAUACGUGCUACAUGAACGCGGCGCUGCAACUGCUGCGACUCGUGCCGGAAUUGCCGGAGCUGCUCGGGUCGCGCGGGGGCGACGCGCUGCUGCGGUCCCUCGACCAGCUGUACAAGUCGAUGGACGCCAACAAGGGCCCCAUCGCGCCGUUGCUCUUUUGGAACGCCCUGAUCAUGCAAAACCCAACCUUUGGGGAACUUGACGAGCGGGGCCUCCCGAUGCAGCACGACUCGCAGGAGGUUCUCAACACAAUUAUUCAACGAGUCAACAAUGGGAUUCCCGACACACACACGCGUCUCUUUGGUGGGAUGAUGCGACAGACGACGGCGUGCAAGGAGACCCCAGACGAUCCGCCUACCGUGCGCGACCUGCCAUUCUUCAUGUUGUCAUGCAACAUUAACGCCGAGGUGCAAAUGCUGGAGACUGGCCUGGAUGCCGCCUUCAACGAGACGAUCCCCAUCCAUUCCGAGACCUUGGCGCGCGAGGCCCUGUACUCGCGCACAACCCGACUCAGCAGUUUGCCCGAGUACCUCUUUGUGCACCUCGUGCGCUUUUCGUGGAGGGCAGAUACGCAAAAAAAGGCCAAGAUACUGAAGCCCAUCACGUUUCCGCCUGUGCUGGACGUCUUUACGCUCUGCACGGAGGAGCUAAAGGAAAGCAUGCAGGAGGGACGAGGCAGGGCGUUGGCGCGCCGCGACAAGGAGCUUGAGCGUCGCCGGGAUGCCAGGCAAAAGACACGCCUCGAGGAGGCCACAAAAACACGAGGAAGUGUCCACACCGGCGACGGGUGA